AUGCAACCAGAAUUCAUAUAUCCUGAUGACAGUCAUAUGGCUUCCACAGCUAGAAGAUCAAAUGUGGCUCUGCCCAUUAUUGGAAUGUCUUUCAUGACUGGUUCAGCAUUGGGUGGAAUGGCUGGUUUAUAUAGAGGAUUAAGAGCAACAACCCUUGCGGGACAGACUGGCAAAGUACGAAGGACACAAGUAGUCAACUAUAUUAUGAAACAAGGUACUACUACAGGUUGCACAUUGGGAAUCAUUGCCUCAUUCUACUCAUGUAUAGCUCUUGGCGUCACCUGGUUACGUGACAAAGAAGACACAUCAAACACCUUUAUAGCAGCUGCAACAACUGGCAUCAUAUAUAAAAGCACAGCUGGCUUACGUUCAAUUGGCCUAGGAGCUGCAGUAGGAUUAACUCUAGCCGGAGUCUACACGCUAGUCACAGAUAAUGACAAUAUAUGGAGCAAAGCAAGAUAUAAUAGAAUGUGA